GUCGCCGACUUCGAAAUCUACAUUUCGAUUUAUGAUUCUUGUACAUUAUUCCCAUUUCCAAAGAACUCUGUUUAUUUUACGCCAUAAUUAUACCUCGUAUCACUUCUUUUAAAUUGUUUCUCGUACAAGACUUACCCUUCGAACGAUGUUAAACCCAUGCCGUAAAUAUGCCUAAUCGUCGAUUGAACAUCGUGAGGAUCUUGAUGGUUUGGUUGCCGCUUACUGAAUACUCUCGGCGAUGUCAUCAACGUUCACAUGCCGCCAGUGCAUCUCCAGGUUGGCGCAAUCUAACUUCGGGCAGCUGAAAUUCAAGCAUUUCCAGCUACAUACACAAGCGGCUUCAACUACAGCGACGUUCCCCCCUCCAUGGGAUUUGCCGGAAGAACAAAGACGUGACAUCGCAAGCGACCACGAAAUCCAACUGCCUACAUAUUUUCCGACACCAGCCCCGCCAGUUCCUCAAAUUCAGCCGGCCGAGAAAAAACAAUUGGAGGAGAAAAUAAAGAAGUUUGUCCCACGACAGAAUGAGCUCUUUAAAGAGAAAAUCCGGGCAAUGCCAGUGGCAGGUUCUCGAGAUUUAAAAAGGAAGAUAUUGCAAUGCCGAGGGGAUUACUAUUUGGUUCAUGACGAUCUUAUGACUAGAUAUGGCUUGUCAAACGCAGAAGCCCUUCACGCAGUCACCCAGUUGGAAAGGCUUCUUUGGGGACGCUCUGCGGCAGAGGCAGGAUCACGACUUGAUGUAUUCCACGAUUGGAAAAUGCAUUUCCAAGAAUUAUCCCAACUCACUGAUGAUCCAGUUGAAAAGUUAAAAGUCGUCAGUCUCUUGAGGCGAGAUGCAAAAACAGUCAAAGAUAUAUGGCUCAGGCUAGACCCCCAAAAGCGCAAGUCAGUAUGGCCAGAUCUGAUGUUAUCCUCAUUCCGCUCAAACCCCGGCCAUCUGCGCAGUUUGGUUAUGGCUACUUUCCAUCACUCAUUAUGUCCAAGCUUUGUUGUCGAGGAUUUAGUGUACUUCCUCUUGAGACUUCUGGACGAUCCCCAAUCCUCCGAGAAAAAACGCCAGUACGGGAUCGACCUCGUUUUUUUCUUGCUUGCGAACUCUCCUCCAAAAUAUCUAGCAUUCCCUCAAACGACGAUCCGGGAGGUCCUAUCUUGGUUAUCUGUUUCCGGACCAAUUUCAUUUUACGAUGCCUUAACAAGGGUCGAUCAUCCGCUGCGUCCGAACACGUUGUUGCAUUUUGCAAGCCGUUUCGCUAAAGACCCACUGCGUAAAGUCGAAGCCGCCGAAAUCAUACAUUCCCUCUCGAGUAGGCCCGGGUUCGACAUCAACUCUCCUGCAGCUGCCAGUGUUUGUACGUCCCUUCUAACAUUGGAAAAGGGGGCUGAACUACCAGAUGACCAUGCCGCUCCAGACGAGUUAUUUAAAAUGCUCUUGGACGCUGGGUUUCGUCCGAAUCUCAUAAAUUUAUCCGCGUUGAUGCGGAAUUUCUGCGUUCGUGGGCGGGUCGAGAUUGCGUGGAACAUAUUUGACCUCCUAAUUGAGCGCGGUAUCGAACCAGAUGCCCAUGUGUUUUCCAUACUCCUGAACGGCUCCAAACAAACCUUAGAUAUGGAGUCUCUCGAGCGCAACGUCAACAUGAUCGAGGCCAGCAAUGCCUGGACUCCUCAUCUGGUUAAUGAUUUUUUGGAUUUUAUAUAUCGAUACAACGAGUUAUACACAGUUAAGGGGCGGAGACAACAGAAAGGGAAUACCGAGCUUGCUUGGAGACUUAUGGCCCGAUUAUACAUUAAAUUUUUCGAUCCAACCGCAUUACAACAAUUCACUCCAUUUCCACUAGAGAAUCUCCUCAUUCCACGACAAAGAAAACCGCCAGCACAUCUGGCCCAACUCGAUAAAUUGGUUGAUUCCCUUCCUACACGGCCAGAUGCCUUGCUUAUGUGGCCGGAUACUGUCACUCUAAAACUAAUGUUGAAGGUGCACCUCAGAAGUUUGUCCACAGUGAAAGCUUUGGUUAAACACGGAAACUACGUGAAGGCCAUGAUACUCAAAUAUACGAAGGAUCCCAUCAUCAGCCAAUUGCUCAAAGACCAAAAAGGAUGGCUGGACAACCUUUUUCUCCGGGGUUCGUUGCAGUUCAAACCAACAGUUUCGGCAAGCUUUAGGAUGCUCCGAAACAUGCGCGAGAAGGCCAAAUGGGAAGAACAAAGAUACGGCACAAAUAAAUACUGUUACCCGCCCUCGGUAUAUACCUACACGAUUUUGAUGAAGGGUAUGAGGAACCAUAAGCACACACGAGGUGUCCUCUUGGCGCUGAAAAAAAUGGUCGAGGAAGGGAUCACCCCGAAUAUUGCUGCUUGGAAUGCGAUUAUCGGUGCCCUGCUCCGAGAGAAUCUCAUCACGGCUGCUGUACGGGUUAUGCGGCAUGUAGAAGCUAUCGGAUUGCAGACGAACGCGCGCACUAUGCGCGAGAUUACGACUAGGCCAUUGUGGAAACAGAGACGGCUUGAUGCGCUGCUAAAGAAAGAACCACCGUCUACUGCUAAAUCGAAACGCGACACGCGCGAUUUUGUGGAGUGGCUGUGGCACGUUUGGGAGAGGAGGGGGAAGGAGGAGGUGCAACAUAUGCCGAUGAGGGAGGUUCGUAGGAUACUUAGAGAAGAUGCGAAGAAAGAAGAUGCCGAGCCAGAAGAUACGGGAUUAGAAUAUUAGACGCGGCUCGAGCCCCAUAAGAUUUGCAUGGGGAUUUGUUCGAUGGUCUUAGAACUCGCAGUCUUAAUCCUACGCCGAAAUGAAGGUUCUAGGAACCCCUCGUAGCGAGGCAAUUCAACUCAAAGACAAAAUCAAAAUAAUAAAAGAAUAUAAAUAAAUU